AUGUCAGCCCUCACCACCCUCCGGCCAGCUCUUCGCACUGUUAGACCCAUCGCCUUGUCUGCGACGAGGGGCAUGGUGUCCAAAUUUGUAAAGUAUGACUGGGAGGACCCUCUUGACCUCAAGUCCCUUCUGACCGAAGAGGAGAUUGCUAUUCAUGAAACAGCAAAGGCGUAUGCGCAGGAGAACCUCCUUCCUCGAGUCGUUGAAGCGUACCGUACUGCAAAGUUUGAUCCUAAGAUUAUGCGCGAGAUGGGCGAAUUGGGUCUCUUGGGUGCCACCAUUCAAGGCUACGGCUGCGCAGGUGUUUCUAGUGUCUCUUACGGCCUCAUUGCUCGCGAGGUCGAAAGGGUGGAUUCGGGAUAUCGAUCGGCGAUGAGCGUCCAGUCUUCUCUGGUGAUGCACCCUAUCAACGAAUUCGGCACGGAAGAACAAAAGGAAAAGUAUAUCCCCAAGCUCGCCACCGGAGAGUACAUUGGUGCUUUCGGCCUGACCGAGCCCAACCAUGGCUCCGACCCUUCGUCGAUGGAGACGACCGCCACCAAGACGGCCGAUGGCUGGGUCCUCAACGGGUCCAAGACCUGGAUCUCCAAUGCUCCAGUCGCCGAUGUGUUUGUCGUGUGGGCUCGUGUAGUGGAAGACGGCGAGAAGGGCAAAGUUCGCGGCUUUCUUCUCGAAAAGGGCUCCAAAGGUCUUGAGGCGCCUAAGAUUGCCAACAAGAUUGCCCUCCGAGCGAGCAUAACAGGCUCUAUAUUCAUGGACGGGGUCAAGGUGGGAGACGAUGCGCUAUUGCCAAAGAGCGGUGGAUUGGGAUCACCCUUCUCGUGUUUGAACAAUGCCCGGUAUGGUAUCAGCUGGGGUGUGAUGGGAGCUUUGGAGGAUGUCGUGGCGAGGACGAGGGAUUAUGCGCUCGAGCGAAACCAAUUCAAACGCCCCCUGGCCUCUUUCCAGCUCAUCCAAAAGAAGCUCGCCGACGCCUCAACAGCCACGACCCUCGGCCUCCUCGGUGCCCUCCAGCUUGGACGGCUCAAGGACAAGGGCACCUGGUCCCCCGAUAUGGUUUCAAUGAUGAAGAGAAACAAUUGCGGAGAAGCGCUACAUCAUUCGAGGGUGCUGUUGGAUGUGCUCGGGGGCAAUGCCUGCAGUGACGAAUACCAUGUGGGGAGGCAUGCAGCCAAUUUGCAGGUGGCUAAUACUUAUGAGGGAACGCAUGAUAUCCAUGCACUCAUCUUGGGCAAAGCCAUGACGGGUCUACAAGCUUUCGCCAAUUGA